AUGUCCGUAUUCUUAUUCCUUUCACUGUUUCUUUUCUACUUCUGUAACACUGUUUUCUCGUAUUAUGUUCAGACCAAACGAUUCGACUACGAUCCUUCGCCAGUUUUGAUGUAUAAUCAAAUGUAUUCACAUCAAAAGUGGAUUCCUUAUCAUUAUGAACUUGACCAACCAGCUGAUGAAAGCAUGGCGGCUGAGCCAAUCUGGAAGGUUCGACCUGCCGCCCGAAAAUUCGAAACCGACCGAAAUUUAGUAAUCCCGGCAGUACAGCAUCCUCUCGAAGAUUCAGAGACAAAAAAGAAACUAGCCGACUUCUGGACAAGAUGGGAAACAAAAAAAAGUGAUUCUAAUAAUUUAGAUGAAAAGGAAACUUAUGACUUCGAGGAUCCGCUAGGAGCUACAUUCGGAGGCGCAGAUACAGACGAUAAAAUAGAUAUAGAUGUUCUUCAGCAAUCAACGAAAUCCUCUCGCAGUUUUUCUCUUGACAACACUUUGGAAAACAGAAAAGCCGAUCGCUCAUGCUUCGACAUUGAACUUCCAGAUUUUCAGCCAUGGAGAGAGAAAAGGGCACAAAUUUUAUCAAUUGGAAAGCCAAAAGAAUUUGGAAUGUCGCAAAUUGAUGUGCUCAAAGCUCGUCUCAAGUCGUUAGCUGAUGAAAAGAAUCUUAAAAGUCUGAAAAAGGCCGGAGACGUUUCACAAAAGUUUUUGACGCUCAGAGAAAAUCUGAUAACAGCGUGGGGACGAGAAGAUCGUGUUGAAUCAUUCAAAAUAGUCGUUGAAUGUACACAUCUCCUACAGUCCAUACCGCCAUACUCAGAAGAAUAUCCAUAUUAUUGGCUUCUUUCUAUUGACGUAAUUGACACGUUUGGAAAACUUCUUCACGAUCGACUAUUAUUGAAAUCGAAUGAAGCACGAAAUAAAAAUGGACAAACUGAUCUUCCAGUUAAUUUCAAUGUCGAACAAGUGCCGAAAAAUGUGAAAGACAUGGCGAUGAAUUGGUUUUUGAAGCUCUCAGAAAUUAUUGAUAUUCCAGUAAGAUUUUAUAUUGAAUGCUCGAUGAUAGCUUGUCUCAAAUUUUUUGAUGAAACGAAUUUGUCAAUAAAUUUAGAAAGACUUUCAUUGAUGUGCUCCGUGUUCCCCGAUGAUCUUUCUUCAAUAUUCGCGCGGGUUCAUAUUUCACGAUACAGUAUGCUGAUUGACCCCUUGAAUCGUUCUCCUCAUUGGCGAGUUCUUCAUGAUUGGAUGCAAGCUCCAAAAGAUGUAAUGGAAGACUCGCAUCGCAAAAAGCUUUUAUUACCAGAAGUAAGAAAACAGGAUGUAUCAAUUCAAGGAAUUGCUUGGAUAGUUCAAUGUAUUGCUCACAGAGCACAAACUGUCGAUGAUCUUGUUCCUCUCUUUGCAUACUGUCGAAAAGCUACGCCGUUGAAUGAGAAGACAUAUAUUUUGAUAUCAGCCGUAAUUGAGGGAUUGCCUUCCAAGUAUCUAUCUGUUCAUUCUGAGCAAGUUCUCGAUAUAGUUUUCGCUCUGCAUGAAGAAUUCGAAGACCCACUGACAAGGCUUGGAAAACGAUUUUUCCCUAUGCCUCCAGUCGAAGAGAAUAGGAAAUUCGUGAAAAAAUCAGUAUGGAUGAGGGUCGUGGAUAUUGCCAACUUUUCAACUUUUGUUAAUUGUUGUGCUGCUUGGACAUCGUUUACUGCAAAGUAUUACUCAUUGAAAGAUAUCAAUCGAAUUAUUGAAUUGGCACUAGUUCGGAUAAGAAUGGAUGAUCAAACCAAGAAAAAAGAAAACACCCAUCUACUUGUUGAUUUAAUUGCAUCUUUCUUGGAAUUCACAGCUGAAAAAGACGAUUGCCUCGAGAUAGUAACAAAUAACAGCUUCAUCAAAAUGGUGGAUCUCAUUGGAUUCGAUAUGCAGUCUACAUCCACUUGCUCUCGACGAAUUCUUGAAAUUUUCACAAUGCGUUUCGAGAAAAACUCGAUUUUCGAUGUGUCGGUUUGUGGAUUCAUCAUUGAAAAGUGUCAUUCCAUGUGCAAGUCAUAUCGACUUGAGGAUUCGGGAGAAAUAAAAGUGAUGGAACAACUCGUGUGCUCUUCAUUAUCAUUGAUUGAUUUCAAACGGAUUUCUGACAUGGACCAGUGUGUUGAAUUUCUGAUAAGAUGUCGUGAAGAAAUGGGUCUGAGACAAGACAUUUUAGCACAUAUCAUCAAUAUGUUUUUCGAAUUUACUCAGUUUGCUCAUCUAACUCUCAAAUCUGGAAAAAAGAAGUCGGAUUUCAUGAGAGUCUGCAUCACCAAUUUGUCUCUCACGAUUCCAGCAAUCAGAGAUCCAGUGAAACGAGUCAAAAUGACUGUUCAAAACAUUCAAAUGUGUCUACUUGCCAACUUCUUACCACAAAUAAAAAUGUCCAGUGAACGAAUAAUGGAAUAUAUGAACGAAAUCAGUACGAAAACUUCAUCUCCAUGCUUUGUGAUAUCUCCUCUUAUCAAUCAACAUCUUUCUGUUCUGUGUUUCUGUCCAGAUGGUUUCAGUGACGAUUCACCUCCUCUUGCAUUCUUUUCGAAUAUUUUAAAAUUAGUAGAACGAAAUCACGACGAAUGGUCGAAUGAACAGAAGGGUGUCCCUCUGGCGGAAAUCUAUAUAAAUAUGCUCCGAUACUUGUGUAAUUUCCGGCGAAUUGACAUGCUAAAAUCAGAUGGGAGUCAGGAUUUCCACAUUGGAGAUGAUGAUUACUUUACACUCGUCGAUGCUAAUAUUUCUGAAGUUAUCACAAAACUGUUUUCACUUGCCAGCGAACCGACAAUUGCUGUAAUAACAUUAGAAAACGUUGUAAUGUUAUUUGAGAUUCACGAAGAGAUGCGCUCAACCAUUCGAGGACUGUUAAAACGAUCUGUUGGAGCUCCACCUCAUUUGCAAAAAAGGCUGGAUUUAGUUAUUCAAAAUCUUCGUGAAGAAGCAGAGAAUGACGAAAAUAUUAAAAAUAUUCUUCAACGCUUAUCACUUCUAUAA